AUGUUUGACUGUGAAGCGAGUACUGGCAGAAUUAUUCCUUUCUUCACCUUGAACCAGUACUAUAAAAGAGGUUUCAACAAUCAAACCAAUGCUGAGAAGAGUAAGUUACCUGGCUGGUCUUAGCUCUAGCCGUAUAACUAGUUUCAGUCUUAGCUCUAGCUCUAGCUCUAGCUUUAGCUCUAGCUCUAGCUCUAGCUCUAGCUCUAGCUCUAGCUCUAGCUCUAGCUCUAGCUCUAGCUCUAGCUCUAGCUUUAGCUCUAGCUUUAGCUCUAGCUCUAGAUCUAGGUCUACUCUUGCUUCGGCCUUGUUUUAGCUCUAGACCUGGACAUAACCCUAGCCCUAGCUCUACCCAACUUGUUUUACUUCACCUAUUGUUACGAUUUCGAUUACAAAGUAAAAUUCCAACACUCGCAGUAAUUUUUUGGGUCGUUUUACAUCGAGGUAAAUGUUUUAUAAAGCCAUAAAACUACGCAAAAAAUGUUAUGUCAUAAUAUUGUGUAAGGAUCCGGCAAUUACGCAAAGUUUUUAGUUUUUUAAACGUUUUAGGAAGAUGAGUUAAUAUGCUUUAAAAUUAAUUGCCCUUGCCGCUUCAGUCCUAGUCUCAGCUCUAGCCUUUGCUCUAGUUUCAGCGGUAGCCUUAGCCCUAGCUUCAACCCUAGCCUCGGUUCUAGACUCACAUCUACGUCUACUCCUAGUUUUACCCUCUUUAUAUUGUAGUUCUACUCCAUCUCUACAUUUUCCCUAGUCUAAUCCCUAUCAAGCCACUUUUUGCAUACCUUUGCCUUUCACUAUUCUUAGGUUAGCUUUACUCUGGUCUUACACCUACAUUAGAGAAAAACAGCAAUUUUAUCUAAAUUUCAGCUAAAAGGUCGCUUGAAUGUGGAAACAAAAUUUUUGCUGAAUUUAUGCCUAACUAUAACUUUUCAAAUCCUACAAUUUGGAAUGACGAGAACUAUUGCAAGUAUGUUUUACAUAUAAUGGUUUUUUAUUUGUUUAGUAAAUAUUUUGCUCUCCCCUCCCAUCUUUCUCUUCCCUCUUCUCCACCCUUCUCCCACUUCCUUACGUUUUUUCGCCCCCUUCACCCCUUCCCCCCCUACCUUCUCAAUCUAUUUUACAACCUUGCUAAUCGUUGUUCUAGAGACAUUGCUAAGCUAGACAAAGCAACAUGUGAAAUUAGUCAGAAGUGUGAAGCCGCCGAACUUGCUUUGGACACUUUAUACUACAACAAUCUGGUCACUAUUCAGGUGUACUAUGGUACUGCUGGUGCUCAAAUUUUGUAUGUUUUUUUAUAGUUUUUAAUAUGUAUUAACUAAAUUACAGCUCCUGUGUAACGAAUGGUUUGAAAGUUUAGGACUAGCGCUAAGGCUAGGCUAAAUAAAACUAUAAAGAAGUCCCACUAUAUGCUCUUAGUUUCAGUAGCAUAUUUUACAAAAUUUUCCACUUUUAGGUGCAUAAACAACAGAAUGAAGACUCAGCUCUACCCUCGUUUGUUCGGUCGAACUUUUGAUGUUGAAAACAGCCAUGUUGUUGCCGUUCCUUGUAUGGUCUAAAGAUGAUCAAAUUCAAUUUUACCGUGAUGUUAUUUACUAAUAUUAUUAAAAAGUAAUAUCGUCAUUUGGCGUAUUUUACAAGUAAAGUACUAUAUAAUUUUAAAAAAUUUUUUAUCAAAGUAAGUAUAUAUUAGAGAAUAGUGAUGUCUUGGCUUAAGCGUGGUACAAAGUAACUUGAUUUAUUUUGCUUUGCCGUGUUCUCUGUUAUGUUUGAUUAUGUCUGUACAGAGCCUCAGGCGUUUGGUUUUUAUUAUUUUGUUGUUGAGAUAUGUGUAAACCUUUUAAAUAGUUAUCAACUUUUCAAAUUUCUCAAUGUACAGCGGUUUUUGAAAUUUUUUUUUUGUUUUUAGCCUUAUCUCUGAUCCUAGACUUCGCUCUAAACACACCUCUAGCCCCAUCCUUAGCCUCAAUUCUAGCCUCAGCUCUACCAUCAGUCUUAACCUGAGCCCUAGCCUCAGCCCUAGCUUUAGUCCUAUCCUCAGGCUUAACAUUAGCCUUAGCGUAAGCCUCAACCACAACCCUAGUCUUAGCCCCAGCUCCAGUUCUCAGCUUCAGCUUAAAGCUCAACCCUAGUCUUAGCCUUGCCUUCCUCUCCUUAGCUGAUCUUGCCUUGUUUAGUCUUACCUUAUCCUUAAAAUAUCAACGUCUCGAACUCAAAAUUAGUUCCUUGUAUUCAACUUUACCCUACCCUAAACUUUUUGUCGAUUUUAAAAGUUAAAGAGCAAAACAUUUGUUAUCACGCAAUGGCGCCACUUAUUACAACUCCGCCCAUCUGUCGGUUGAAAAAAGUUUUUCGGAAAAAACAAAGAACGGAACGUUUUGCAAUGUUUCAUGCGCCACCGUUCCAAACUCACGUCAAUUAAAAUGAUUAAAGGUUUUUAGGGGGUUAUGAUUGAAAUUAAUUUAAAAUAGGUUGUAAAGAAAGUUUUUGCCAUUUUUUGUUUUGUAAAGAAAGUUCUUGCCAUUUUCUACUUUGUAAAGAAAGUUCUUGCCAUUUUUUGUUUUGUAAAGAAAGUUCUUGCCACUUUCUACUUUGUAAAGAAAGUUCUUACCAUUUUGUGUUUUGUAAAGAAAGUUUUUGCAAUUUUUUCCACAUCCAAGUAAGUAAAAUGAAGAUACGAAUGUUUACCAUAGACUUAUAAGCCGUUUGUUUACACUUUUACAUCUGAAUCCGAAGAUAAUCGGGCUCCUAAUUGCCGCGUCAAAUAUUACUUCCUACUAAAAUAUUGUGAAAGGUUUAUUAUUAGUACUCCCUGAAGACGAAUUGACCAGUUAUUCUUAAUUUUAUGUGAAGCAGGGGUGUUGUUAUAGUAUAUUAGUAGAGCAGGGCUAACAUUUGUAAGAUAGGGCUCUAGGCUAGGGCUUUAGGCUAGAGCUAAGGCUAAGACUAGGGCAAAGGCUAGGGCUUUUUUUAAAUUGUUGACCUUUUGGCUUUGACUUUUUUCUAAAAUUGCAACUUUGAAAAGGCAUGUGAAAGCCACAAUUAGUUCUUUUUUUCUCUAAUUACGGGAAGGGAACGAAAAACAAAGUAAAUGUUUUACAAAUUGACUCAAAAAUAGUCUUAAUUUUCCUUACAUUUGUUAGCUUAAACUUAGGAUUUUAGCUUUAGGCUUAUUCGUAGGCAUAGGUACAGGCUGUGGCUGUGGUUGUAGCCCUGGCUCCGGCUUCGGAUCUGUAUCUAGCUGAGGCUCAGGCUUAGGCUCAAUCUCAGGCUUAGGCUCAGGCUCAGACUCAGACUCAACCUCAGACUCAAACUCAAGCUCAAGUUCAGGCUGUGGCUUCGGCUCAGGCUCAGCCUCAGGCUCAGGCUCAGGCUCAGGCUCCGGCACCGGAUCUGGCUCUGGCUCUGGCCUUGGCUCUGGCCUUGGCUCUGGCUCAGGCUCAGGCUCAGGCUCCGGCUCCGGCUCUGGCUCUGGCUCUGGCCUUGGCUCUGGCUCAGACUCAAACUCAACUUCAGACUCAGACUCAAGCUCAAGUUCAAGCUCUGGGUUUGGCUCCGGCUCAGGCUCCGGCUUAUGCUUAA